AUGAGACAUGCAGACAAAAGGCUUUAAAUGUGGGUUUUUUGGGUGCUCGAACUGCUGAUAGAUGCGGAAUGUUUUGCCACCAAUGUGUGUAUGAUUACAGAGUUAUAAAAGGAAACAGUCAUGUGAGUGUGAGUGUUUAUUGAGGAAUAAGAGCAAGCAAGGAGAAGAGUUUGCCCUGCAUCAAAGUGAGUAUGUUUCUUAGAGAUCCUCCGUAUGAACCUCCAUCUGUCUCAGUGCUUCAGGAAUUCCUGCUGGCAAACAGACGACCUACAGGACAUCUCAAUGAAGUCUGGCCUAACCUCUACAUAGGAAAUGAGGUGGCCGCUCGUGACAAGAGCACCCUCCACAGUGUGGGUAUAACUCACAUUGUAAAUGCUGCUCAUCGACCCCCCAACGCCAGCCCUGGACAUUUUUUCUGCGUCAACACCGGCCCACAUUUCUACAGAGACAUGACAGUGGAUUACUAUGGGGUGGAGGCUGAUGAUGCAAUACAGUUUAUGAUCAGUCCUUUCUUUUACCCGACAGCACGAUACAUCAGAGCCGCACUGGCCAUGGGAGGACGGGUGUUUGUCCACUGUCUGAUGGGCGUGAGCCGCUCUGCCACAUUGGUGCUGGCCUUUCUGAUGAUCGCUGAAGGCCUGAGCCUGCAGGAGGCCGUCGCUUCUGUCAGGCCGCACCGAGACAUUUGUCCCAACCAAGGCUUUCUGCGGCAGCUCCGCAGCCUCGACAUGGGCCUGGAGAGGGAGAGGAGAAGGCAACGGCAGGCAAAAACACUAUAAAGACGCACAGAGCGCCCUACACAUCAGGCACAUCAAGGACAGAACCGAUGCAAAGUCUCUGAAUGAACAGGAAGCCAGUGGAAAGUGUCAAUCAAGUUGAGCCUGUACAUCAGAGAUGAGUGAUUUGGCACAACCAGGAGUUUGAGAUGUAAAGACAUAUGAACAAUGAAUCAGGUUGUGUGUGGAUGUGUCUGCAGGUCUGUGAUAUAAAGCUACACACUGGUAUCUGGGUUUCACUCACAAAACUCAUUGGUCAACUCAGGGCAACAGUUCUACAGCGACCAUGAGGUGGAAAUGGUACUGGGGUUCAACCUCUAACCUUUCUGCCACGCUGUUGCACAGUUUACAGACAGUUGCCUGAAAUAUGGUCAGUCUGCAAAUGCAGCAAAAGUCACUUCACAAUGUGAACAAGCUUACAUAACAAGUUA